AUGCAGACCCCGGCCUCUAUGGUAAUGGGCAUCGUAUUUGCCCCGUUAGGUCUCGUCCUGGUCUUCACCGCGGCCAUCACCCCGCAGUGGCGAGAGGGACAGGCCCGUCUCGCCGUGUCCGGACCCGACUCCGUGCUCCGGGCCGGACUGAGGCCUCACCGACUCGGGGUCCGUCCUGGCGCGGUGGAGGCUCUGCUCUUGGUCCGCUCGGAUGGUUUGUGGGAGAGCUGUCUGCAGAUGGCGCCUCCGGAGCUUAAACACUGUUGGCCGGUGUCGGGGGCUUACCAGAAGGAUCCGCGGGUCCGACUGGCGCAAGGUUUGACGCUCACUUCUCUGUUCUUGUGCGGGACGGGCAUCGUUUUAGCGUGCAUCGGCGUCCGCUGUUGGAAGGACUUACCGCUCAGAGGCGUCGCUGCCACGGGAGGUCUGCUGAUGGUCUUUGCCAGUCUGCUGAGCCUGACCGCGCUGUCCGUCUACACCCACAACCUGAGCCGCCUGGGACUGCACGACCACAGCUCCCACCGGCACACCCAGCUGCACCUGCGCCCCGCCGGGUCGCUCUACUUCGGGUGGCUGGGCUCCUGCUUACAAAUGCUCGGCGGGGUGGCGCUCAUGUUCAGUUUGAAACGGCCCAAAUGCCCCACGUGCCCCGCCUGCCCCGAGCUGCCCGCCUGCACCUGCCCCGAGAGCAGCAACAAGGCCAACAUGGACGUCUACGAAGUCAGCUGCUAG